AUGGCAUCAAUAACAUCCGGAUACACUUCAUACGAAUCACCACCUUCACCACCUGCGACAGAAGAAGAGAGAGAGAGUAUACCCUCGUUGGCUCAAGAUGCGUAUGAGUUAUUGGGACAACAGGAGUCAAAGAUGAUGGAGCUAGGCGAUUUCAUAGCGGAGCUCCGAGAUCUAGACCUUCGAACUGCAGUGAUAGAUGAGAUUUUGGAUUAUAUGACAUCGAAUAGCUGGGUCCAAUUGUGGAAUUGGAAGGGUACGGAGGAAACUUGGAUUAGUAUUGUUGAAUGA